UGCAAUACUUUAUUUAAAACAUCCUCCUUUGUCUUGUUUAAAACUAACUUUCAUCCUGAAAUGCUUAAACUCAACAUAUGAGCAUUGUAAUUUCUUGAAAUAACAUUCUAGAAGCUGGUCUGGUGGGUAUGCGGCAGGCAGAGAAAGGUGAAAUUACUGAUAAUUCUCCGAGGCAAACGACUACUGCUGUUUUUGGAGAGAAGUCAUGAGGCUGAGCAGCUCGGCUUUCUUGUAAUAGUUACAUUAAGAACGCGCGCCACUGCACCGAUUUUUCUGUGUCCUUACAUUGUUUUAAUGCACUAGCUAGACCUCUCAGUCUCCAACUGAAGUUCAAGGUGUCAAUAGAAGAAAAGGAAUAACAGAAAAAUCUUGGCGGUGCUUCUGAAGAACAAUGCAACUUCUGCAGAAACUGGUUUCUUUCACCACCUGUGCGUAUCUUGUUAUUCUUCUUCUUCUACCAUUUGUCAACUCAACUCAAGAACAGUUGAAAACCACAGGCACUCGUACUAACAACGAGAACAUCAUGGACAAGUUAAGUCCUAAACUACUGUUUGAGAUUACACUCCAUGGAUUUCUCCUGUGGGCCUCAAUGGGAUUCCUAAUGCCUGUUGGGAUACUCGCUAUCAGAAUGUCACACAGAGAGGCAUGCGGAAGAAGGCUUAAGAUUCUUUUCUAUGUUCAUUCUAUUUCACAGCAGAUGCUUUCUGUACUUCUCUCCACAGCAGGAGCAGUAAUGUCUAUAAAAAACUUCAACAACUCAUUCGACAAUCACCAUCAACGAAUAGGCGUAGGCCUAUAUGGUAUAGUAUGGUUACAAGCCCUCACUGGGCUUCUACGACCGCGGCGGGGAUCUAAAGGAAGAAGUUUGUGGUUUUUUGUGCACUGGAUAACUGGAACUGCAGUAUCUCUGCUGGGAAUCAUCAGCAUAUAUACAGGAUUACAAGCUUACCAUCAGAAGACAUCAAGAAGUAUACAUCUUUGGACUAUACUUUUCACCACUGAGGUCUCUUUCAUUAUCUUCUUUUACCUGUUCCAGGACAAGUGGGUUUAUAUACAAAAGCAAGGAGUCAUUUUGAGUGAUGAACCAGUGAGGCCCACUCAUCAAGUAAUUUGUCCAGGUGAAAAGAAAAAGGAAUCAGCAACCGAGUCUUGUUGAAAAUAUGGAUAAAAUGCCGUUAAAAACAAUUAUGGUCCGACUAUAAUAGAGUCUUGGAAGGGAGAACUUGGAGAUAUUACUAUCAGAGACUCAUUUUCACCCUGACUUAGCCCAUCAUUGGAUAUUCUACACUACCGAGGACUGGUAUCUGGAAGCAUUUAACAUUGGAUCAGAGACUGCUAGCAAGUAUUAUAAAAUGGAUUGUGCAUUUUUUUAUGGAGUUCCUUUUAUUUUUGUUUUCUUAUUUUUGAUGAAUUACUGGUGUUCAAAGAGUUGUAAUUCUGAACAUAAAUUUCUUGACCAUUUUGGGAUUUUAGUGUUGUAUGCAUGGUCAAGUGAACUCGGGCUCUUUCAUGGAUUAUGAUUACAAAUUUCUGAUA